GCCCAUUCUGGAGGAGAGGGGGACACACCGCUCUGUACUUCGCCGUGUCCAUGUUGUUGUCAUCUCCGCCCCUAUCUGAUUAAACCACAGAGCCCGCCGGUUCCUCCACGCCGUCAGAGGAGUGGGAUUUUUCCGAGCGGACCCGAGGACACUCAGCUACUCCUUUGUUUUUCCUCAUGAUGUCCUUUAAACACAAACAGUGACCCGGUUUGAGUCAAUGUUGCUGCGACUGGUGCGCUCUGCACACGCGUGGGUCAUGCUCUGCACCUGACAGCCCUUCAGCAGACUUUUGAGUUUAGACUCGAACAGAAGGAAAACUUAGCAUCGCAACCAAGAAGUUGUGCGCUGCUGCAGCCUGCGGACUCUUCCGACAGGGACUGUUUUACCCCAAAAUCUAAGUCCUUGUUUUUGUUUGUUUUUUUUUUACCUAUAAAGCUGCAUCACAGAGGCGAAACGGCGACCUCAGUCGAUUACCUUUCUUUCCUUUGCUAUCCAAUGGAUAUUCACUGCAAAGCGGACCCCUUCUCGGCGAUGCACCUGUCCCACGCAGGGCACGGCGGUGUGAACCAGCUUGGCGGGGUGUUUGUAAACGGCAGACCCCUCCCGGACGUGGUGAGGCAGCGGAUCGUGGAGUUGGCCCACCAGGGCGUCCGGCCCUGCGACAUCUCCAGACAGCUACGGGUCAGUCACGGCUGUGUCAGCAAAAUCCUCGGCAGGUACUAUGAAACCGGCAGUAUUAAACCCGGAGUCAUUGGUGGCUCCAAACCAAAGGUUGCAACGCCGAAAGUGGUGGAUAAAAUUGCUGAAUAUAAGCGCCAGAAUCCAACCAUGUUCGCUUGGGAGAUAAGGGACAGACUACUGGCUGAGGCCGUCUGCGACAACGACACUGUCCCCAGCGUUUCAUCCAUCAACAGGAUUAUUCGCACCAAAGUCCAGCAGCCUUUCCACCCGUCCCCUGACGGAUCUGUUACGCCACUCUCUACGCCCGGCCACACCAUAGUGCCCAGCACAGCCUCGCCCCCUGUGACCAGCGCCUCCAACGAUCCCGUAGGAUCCUACUCCAUCAACGGCAUUCUGGGUAUCCCCCGCUCCAACGGCGAGAAGAGGAAACGAGACGAUGUUCUCUGGAGUGGCAACCACUUGGAUGGAAGGAAAAUAGGACAUUAUGGCUCUGAUGGCUCAGGCCCCGGCAGCGACUCUCAGGGCAGUGUGGAGAGUUUAAGGAAGCACCUGCGAGCAGAUGCCUUCACCCAGCAGCAGCUGGAGGCCCUGGACCGUGUUUUUGAACGUCCUUCUUAUCCUGAUGUCUUCCCUACUUCAGAACACAUCAAACCUGAACAGGCAAAUGAAUACUCACUCCCAUCCCUGAACGCUGGCCUGGAAGACGUGAAGCCGAGCCUUUCCACCAGCGCCAGCUCCGACCUCGCCUCCAGUGUCUCACAGAGCUACUCUGUUGUGACAGACUCUCACCCAUCAUAUCCACCGUCCAUGUGUGUAAAGCGUGAGCCCCAUGAGGCGUCCUUUGCCCCCUUCACCCCCUCCUCUGUUGGGGACUCUGAUCUAGCUGACAUCUUGCCCCACCAGUCCAGCCUCUCUGUAGAUGCCUCUACUCCCAGCUACCGUGCCCAUGCCCAUGGCUCCUGCUACAGCCAGUAUGCCAGCCAGCCCUUUAUAGCAGGUCGAGACAUGGCCAGUACCACCUUACCUGGCUACCCGCCUCAUGUCCCCCCCACAGGACAAGGUAGCUACCCCACCUCCACACUCGCUGGAAUGGUUCCUGGAGGGGACUUUUCUGGAAACCCUUACUCUCAUCCACAAUACACCACUUACAAUGAAGCGUGGCGGUUCAGCAAUCCAGCAUUACUAAGUUCCCCUUAUUAUUAUAGUGCCGCAUCCCGUGGCUCCGCACCUCCCACUGCUGCCACUGCCUACGACCGCCACUAGUUACCAUGGAGACCAGCUCAAACUGCAGGGCCAGGGUUUCGGCCUCCAUAUUGUCCCCGUCUGAGAAACACUGAGGUCAAAGGGAAGUGUGGUGGAAUCCUAGAGGAAACCCCGUGAUGUUGCGUGAUGUGGAGGAAGGAUCAGCAAAGUUGACGCCAGUGCAUCUAGCCCUACUUCAGCGUUACACACUUGUGGGUCACAAAGGGCCCCGUGGGCAUUCAGAACUCACCCAUCAUGCCCUCAAUCUCUCACAGGCCUGAACAUUUCAAGAAUGACUUUAAGAGAUUAUAUAUAUAUAUAUAUAUAUAUAUAUAUAUUAUAAAAUAUAAAUUCAAGAAAAACAGUGUGAAGAAUACCAUGUGGAAAAAUGUUGUGGGUUUUUAUUUUUGUUUCUUUGUUGCUGUUGUUGUCGUUGUUAUUUUAUUGUUGGAUCCUCACAUUCCUUUUAUGUGAUGAACUGCAGUAUUUUUCUGCUCUAGACAGAGAAGUCCAGGGGAGAUGACAAUGGUCCCAUAGCUUGAUGGUGUAGCAACUUGAACCAGUGUCGUGGGGCCCUUUUGGAAAAUUAAUGAGGCUCCCCACUGUAGGACGGGCUUUACUCUGGUGCUUUGACUACGUCUUCUGCUCCCAUUUCUCCAGUCCCACCUACAUUAUCAGAUAAACACAGCAUGUUCCACAACAUUUACUGACCCUAUCUAGACCAAUGGCAACAUCACACUCCCUGUGGUAAACAAUCAGAUGUAAAAAUGUAAAUCAUUUUGCAAAGUAUUAAAAAACAUGGUAGAACAAUAUGGUCUUGCCAGAAUUUUAAAUACUUUUUUAAUUAUAUUUUUUUUAAUGUAAAAAAAAGCUAUCAAAGGUUUCUUCAGAGUAGUCACAAUUUCCCUCAUUUUCCAGUCAUGUCCAUGUCCAUGCAUGAUCGUCCUUUGCUCUUUUUUUGCACUAUAACCUCAGCUUGUUUAAUUUAUUUGGUACAUUCACUCAAAAUUAAGUUUAAUUAACUCACCAAUUUCAAACAUAAGUUGAAACUAUUUAUGUUGCAUAAUGCAGGUGUAAAAACACAAAGCGGAGAGACUGACAUCUUUUGCUGAGUAAAAGCAAUGCUUUCAAGUUCCUGAGGAGUUUGUAAGCCACAACCCUAUGGCUACAUGAACAAAUUCACUUCUCCUGGGUUAUACUUUACUAUACUGGGUUAUACUACAUUCAGCUUCUUAGUCACACCACUAGAUGCCUACACAGUUUAGAAAGCUGUAUGCAGUUGAGUGAACCAACUGUAAACUAGCUUCAACAAUUGCCUUACAAACCUGUUUUUUCAACGUAAAUUCAUGCCUGUUCAAUGAAAUUAAUUGCCUUUACAAACACAUACUCAUCACCCUCCUCUAUUUACGCUCUACUCUCCAUAGGGACUGAAAGGAAAUACUGAUUCAGUUUGCUUUUUGGAAGAUAUUUUGUGAAUGUACUUUUAACUACAUUUGCCAAAGACUUAGUUUGAUAUUUAAUAUUUUAUUUACAGUAUAUGUAUGCAUAAAUAAAGCAGUAUUAUCUUUUAAAUAAGUAGUCAACACUGAACCUGUAUCUCGUGACUUUUCUGCAGGCAAACAACAUAAUGAAUAUGGGUGUAAUGAAAAAGGUGAAAUUCAGCAAUUCAAAAUUCCAUCAGUUGCAACAAAAAGCUGCUUUGUAGAAUAAUUUGUGAAUAAUGUGAAGACAAUUCUUCUCUGUAAAUAAUAUCACACACACCAUUGCAGUAUCAUACUAAUGUACUGGCUCCCCUUGUAGAUAUACAGACAGAAAAAAAACAUGCAUUACAUUUGUGUCUUAAUGUAAUGUUGUGCUCUGAGGCGCAACUACUGUAUAACCUGUGGCUACAUAUACUGCAGUAGCAGGUUACAGAUGCUAACAUCACAUAGGUUGUCUUUGACAUUUUAUUUUGUUUUCAUGAUAAUGUCAUGAUGAUGUUUUAUGUCACUAUGCAAUGAGUUAAAUGGCUUUCUGUAUCAUCUUUUGUUGUUGGGCUCAAAAUAAGUAAUCCCCAUGGAGAACAGCAUAAAAAUUAAGACAUACAAAAGACCUCCAGUGUGAAAUGGUUUCUCUCUACUAGUUUCGCUUUUGCUCCAAAAAUGAAGAUCUGAUCAAACUGAAGUCCUUGGCAACAAUCAAAGAUAUUGUCCUGUUUGCUGUUUGUAGAUGUUGUGAUAAUUAUGUUAAUCCAAAUUACAGUCAUCUGUGCCUCCACGUAUAGAAACACAUCCGCACUUAUUCCCAGUCACCCAUCUCUCCUCCCUCCCUCCACUCUCUCAACCCAAUAUAACUCUUUAGAGUAAGGCAUCCAAGAUGAAGUUUACUUUAAUCCUACACAAGCAAAUACGUUAUCUGGUACCAGGGUUAACUGUCAUUGCCGAGGGCACCGGAUAACAGAAACAGACUGCAGUCCUGCUCUUCAGGAGAAUCCUCUACAAAUUGCACUUGGGAUUUGCCUAUUUCUGUCUACAUGUAGCUCGACGUAUCUGAAAAUGAAACUCUGGCGCAAAGGGCAAGCCACCAUCAUGGAAUGGGUCUUCUGCUGUUGUAAAGAUGAUACAGGAGAUGUGUCAUGGACAUAAAAAGGAUUUCUGAUGAAAAUCUAUACGGAAAGCCUUGUGGCCUCAAUCAUUGUUCUGUUUCAGUUAUGUUCCAAUUCUUUUUGUGCACAUGAGAAAUAAAUUCUUUUAUAUGUCAGUC